UGCCGGCAGACCGAGCAGAAUAUAUGUGACUGUUCGAUGCGCGCAGCGCGGUUGAAAUUAUACAACGCGGUGUUGGUUAUAUGCAUGAUUGAAAGUUUUCGUUUGUUCGAAUUCGCCCAACAGUUGAGUUUUUUUUAAUGACAAGCAACAAGAUAGCAUUAAUCAAAUUAACAAAAUGACGGAGUGCUGCCCGGCGCCGAAGGAGGUGCAAGAUUUUCAAUUUAAACAAGCUAACAUUGGCCAGAUUUGCGAUGAGAUUCCUAAUAUACCUGUUUGUUCGAGUUCGAUCGCGGUCGAUGAAAAGAGGAGUUUACUGUACAUUGGUCAUGACCAAAAGUUGAUAGUUACUAAAUUAGCAAAUGAUCAAAACCCUGAGUGGAAGAUAGAAAUUGAAUUGUCCAGCAAAGUUAAUCGUAUUGCUAUUAACUGUGACAAUUCAUUGAUAGCUGUUGUAUUUAAUUCGCCACAUGUGUUGGUUUAUGAUGCAUCGUCAAUUCACAAACACCAACUAGAUUUACUUCAUGAAUUGCGAGUAUGUACAUCUGCUGGAGACAUUUAUGUCACAGACUUAAAAUGGAAUCCAGCUAUCCCAGAAAUGCUCUGCUCUACAGCAUCUGAUCAUACAAUUGGAUGUUUUCAAGUAGGAAAAACAAAACAAGCAGGUGUUCAAAUAUUAGGUAUAGAAAAACCUCAAGGAGUUGAAGCAAUGUGUAUGUCUUGGAGUCCAAAAGGCAAACAGCUAGUAGUUGGUUGCAAAAAUGGAGAUAUCAUCCAACUCAAACCAGACUUAAAAAUAGCUAGACACAUAAAAGGACCAAAUCCUUAUCAAGGCAUGAUAAUUUCUAUGCUGUGGAUUAGUAAUUAUCAAUUUUUUGCUUGUUACCUUCACCCUGAAGACCAGACUGUCAAUGUAAUGAUAGUCGAUGCAGCCAAAAAUGUAACUGUGGCAAAAUUCACAAACUAUGAAGAUGUUACAUUUGGUACUGGUGAAACAACUGGAUUGUGUUAUUAUUUUGAACACAUAUCUGAGUGGGGUAUUAUAUUAGCUGCUAGUACACACAGUACUGAAGUAGCAGUUUUAGGGACAUUUGACAAUGGUGUUACAUGGCAUCAAUGGCAUUUGGCAGAUGGUAGUAAUGUUCAAUUGCCUCUUAAUAGAAAGACUAAAGCAGAAAAUUAUCCAGUUGGCAUUGCAUUGGAUAAAUCUAUUACUUUUAAAUUACCUUGGGGUGAAGGUAGUUUGGCAAAUCCUGUUCCAAUUUUGCAUAUCCUAGUCACUAGUGGUCAACUGUGCUGUUAUCAUUUGGUAAACUUGAAAGACAUUGCUCCAUCUAUUUGUUCAGCACCUACAGAAGUUGUACCUGCUCCAGCAGCUCCGAGACCAAGUAUUAUUCCAUCAGAAAUAUCUUUUAAUAUGCAUGCUGAAGUAACAAGUACACCACGCCCUAAACAAACAACAGCUGAAAAUCAGCUUGACAAAACUAAAUCAACAAGCAACACAGAAAAAUCACAGGACUCACCCUUUUCAUUUUUAGGUGCACCUAGCAAAACUCCUGAAGGAGCUAUACCUCCAGAAAUGAAAAGUCCAACAUUUUCUACGAUUCCAACACAAAAACCAGGAUUAUUUGCUCAAGGAGAUAAAUCAGUAAGUCCUUUGCAGCAACAGCAACAACAAGUUCAAAUGCAACUACAGCAGCAAAGAUCGCAAGCUCACCCUCUUACUCAACACAUUCAACUACAGCAGCAGCACAUACAACAACAACAGCAAGCUUUAAGUCAACAACUACAACAGCAUCAGUUGCAACAGCAAAUGCAGCAGCAACAGUUGCAACAGUAUCAGCAGGAGGCACUACAACAAUUACGUCAACCACAAAAUCAACAAUUUUUACAAAAAUUGCAGCAACAGUAUCAGCAGCAAAUUCAGCAGAUAAAUAAUGUAGGAGCUAAUCUACCAACAAAAACUCAAAAUCCUACUUCACCACAGAAUAUUAAUCAAAAUCAAAAUAUCCAACCUCCACCAUAUGGUUUAAAAAAUGAAAAUAAACCGUCAAAUAUUCCUCAAGUAACACAAGGAGAUUCAAAGUUACCAUUUAUGCAACUGCAGCAACAAUUACCACAACAAAAAACUUUUACACCACAAGAAUUCCAGAAGCAAAUAUUCCAACAACAACAACAACAGCAACAACAACAACAGCAACAACAACAACAACAACAACAGCAGCAACAGCAGCAACAGCAGCAACAGCAACAAAAACCACAACAACUACAAACAAAAGAAUUAAGUUUAACCAGCAAAACCGAAGCAAGCAAACCUCAACAACGAGUUUAUGACGACGCCCUCUGUAUGGUUGCGUAUCACGAAGAGCAAGCCCGUUUCGAGAAAGAACUUAAAAAUCGGAUGAGUAUACCCCUUACCGAUUGUGGAACUGAGGAAGAGCGCUCGAAACUUGUCACGCAAUCUGGAGAGAUCGAAGCAUUUUUAAAGGAACUGCGUGAAACUACGAGCGGGUUAUCUAGUGACAUAGCCUACCUCAAAGCCUUACUGUUGCAGUCAUUUGCCUGGCUCGAGGAGUCAAAGUCGAAAAAUUCCGCCAAUUCGGACAGUCUGCCGAGUCACAUUCAGAAAGAAAACAGCAAACUCACCGAGCUGCGGAAAUUAUACAAUUACACGCAAACGCAAUUGAUUCAAGCCACCAAAGCUCUUGAUUUGGAGUGGUCGGACUACCAGACUCGCGAGCAGCAGCGGAUGAAAAUCCCGAGUACUGAAGUCAUCUAUCAGAGUCUCAUUCGCUACGGACAGAUCAUAGCGACGGAAAAAAGCAAACUCGAGGAGUUGAGCAAAAAGUGGCGUUCCCUGGUUCGCGGUGGUACGGCUGCUUCAGACAAAACUAAUACUCCUCAUUCGAACGGACAUUUGUCUGCGCUAGAUAAAUCCAUGUCCAAUUUGAACCUGUCCCAGUCGGCGAGCAAUGUCACCGACAGUGCAAUUGAAUUGCGCUGCAAGCUCAUCGCCACGAACACUAAGAAUUUCAGUCGUGAGAAGCAAAUUAAACUGAGGGACUUGCUCUCGGAAUCGGCGCCGAAGAUUAUUCGAGCUGCCAGACCAACAGCUGUGCAGGACAAACUGGAAGCUACCUUGUCGUCGUUGGCUUCGAAAGCUAAUGAUAAAAAAACCAAGGUAGCUGUUAAAGAAACUCAACAAGCUGCAACAGGCAAACUAUCCUCUUUAUUAUCGUCACCUCCUAUGCCCGCCUCGCUCGCAAAUGCUCAAGCGAACAAAACCAAAAUGAGCAUGGAAGCUCAAAUGCAAAUUCAGCAACAACAAAUGCUUCAGCUCCAGAAGCAACAGCAGCAACAAAUACUUCAUUUACAGCAGCAGCAGCAUCAGCAGCAACCGAUUUCACCACUGGCCACGCUCGAUCAGUUGGUUUCCGGCUUUGGAGGAUCAACCAACCGAUCGCCGGUGUCCAUAAAUGCAUUCGCACCUGGUGUCAGUCCUACUAACUUGCAGCAACAAAUAACGCCACCUCAAUUGAAAUCUAAGGAAAAUCUGACGUUCAACGUGACACCGACGAAGGGUAAUUCUGACGCCGCGGCUAGAUUACCGGAAAUGUCGAAACUUCUUCAGGGCGCCACGAUGAACAAGGAUGUACCGCCUUUCUCACCCCUACGGGGCUUCGUUCAACAGGGUGCAACGUCCCAAGCAGCGCCAUCGGCGCCCGUGACGUUGCUCACAGCACUGCCCAAGACGACGUUGAAUUUCUCCGGACCCACAACGCCGAACGCAGCGUCGUCGGGUGGCUUUGCCUCGAUGGGGAAGCUCGACAGCAAUACUUUCAAAUUCUCAAGUGGUGCUGCUGCUCCUUCUUCAGCGACUCCGGAAUCCGCGAAGACUUCCACUUUCAGCUUCAAUAAUUUCCAACCCUCAUCUUCGGCUGCACCGGCGAUCUCGUUCAACUUCAACAAGAACGCAGCUGCUCCAGUGUCAUCUCCAUCCACGAUAUUUAAUCCACAGCUGGGUAACCCUGGUGGUGCUCAGCCCGUCAGUACAUCACCACAGGUCGGCUCUACUACUCCGGCCACCACAGCAUCGACGAACUUUAGCAUUAAUUCGAUGUUCGGAAGUCUUGGUGUAAACUCCACAGCUACAUCAGGUACUACGCCGAGCAACACUCCAUUGAAUUAUUCGAAUUCAAGUGCCUCUAGCGCUGCGACCCCGACAGCUCCGUUCUCCUUCAGUAGUAACGCGGCAAGCUCGUCGUCGACAGCAGCUACCCCCAAGUUGACAACGCCAUCCACGGCUCCUGCUUUCGGUGCUAAUAAUGCCUCUGCUGCUUCUGCUGCUACUGCCGCUGUUGCGGCUGCAGCUGCCAUGAAACAAUCCACGUCGUCCUCAGCUUUUUCGUUCAGUAACUUGAACGCCACCAGCAAUUCUCCGUUGACAGCUCCAACUUCUGCUUUUUCAUUCAACAAUCCGACUUCUGCCCCGCCCAGUACACCAAGUUUUUCAAAUCUGCUGAGUGGUACCGGAUCCCUGAGCUUUGGUACUCCAGCGACAAAUACGACAGUAGCCGCCUUUGCCAAAUCGGCAACUCCGACGAACGCCAACAUUUUUGGCUCAGCCCCGUCUUCGGCAUCAUCUUCUACAGCUGCUACUAAUAGCCCCGUAACGACAACGACGACGCCGGCAACGCCAACUACCACAACAGCAUCGUCGUCGAGUAGUUUAACAAUAACACCUGUUGCUCCGACUUCAGUUUAUGGCAAGACUACCACAGCAGCUUUAUCAUCACCGUUCGCUACUGUAACGACGACCAGUAGUAAUAGCAAUAAAUCAAUAUUCGGAGGAACAGCCAGUAAUACCGCGGGUGCGACUGGUCCAUCAGUUUUGGUCGGCCAGACCACUAUUUCCGUUAAACCUGCUACUAGUACUCCUUCUAAUAGUACUGCUUCUCCUACUCCAACCGCCAUCGGUUCCUCCGUCACUAUUACACCAAUCUCAAAAGCUUCAGUUUUUGGUGGUGGAACCGCCACGACGUCUGCUGGUUCUACAUUUGGUGGUGCAGCAUUCUCUUUCGGAUCGAUUUCUACUCAAUCAAGUAGCAUAUUCGGAGGCAGUAACGGUACCGCUACUACGUCCAGCGCACCUACUGCUGCAUCACCUUUUGGUGCCAGUUCCGUAACAAGUACCACUUCAUCGACGACUUCAUCUAUCUUUUCCACAUCAACCAAUAAACAAUCGUUGUUUGGUGGAGGUACCGCUGCAACAACUGCCGCAGCGACGAAUGUGUUUGGUAGUACUACCUUCGGUACGGCUACAGCAGCUAAUAAUGCAUCGCCUUUUGGCGCUUCGUCAAGCACGGCGAACUCUUCGCCAUUUGGCGCUGCGUCAGCAAAUGCUUCGCCUUUUGGUGCUGCUGCAGCCAAAACUACGACUGCGUCGAUAUUUGGUGGUUCUUCAACUGGCACUACAACUGCCUCUCCUUUUGGUGCUGCUCCAACUAGUACUGCUGCCGCUGCACCAUUCGGUGCGAGUUCAGCAAAUACAACUGCUGCCUCACCUUUUGGUGCUUCUGCGGCAAGUACAACUGCUGCUUCACCUUUUGGUGCUUCUGCGAGUACUGGUGCUGCCUCACCUUUUGGUGGUACCGCAGCGAAUACUGCAGCCAAAUCGCCAUUUGGAGCACCUGCUUCUAACGCGACCGCAACCCCGGCUUUCGGCAGUACAGCAACUCCCAAUGCAUCCGUUUUUGGUGGAAGUACGACAUUUGGCAGUUCUAAUGCAUUCGGUGCCGCUUCAAGUAGUACACCUGCCCCAUCUGCUUUUGGAGGCAGUGGCGGCUUAUUUGGUAGCACUGCAUCUAACAAUACUUCAGUAUUUGGUGGCAGUGGUGCCACAGCUACGGCUUCACCUGCUACUAGUGGAUCUUUGUUUGGAGGUGCCACCAGUUCAGCCUUUGGCUCCAACGCGUCGGGGGGAUCUACAUUCGGAGCAUCGGCAAAUUUAGGGGGUGGAUCAUCGGCGUUCGGCAGUGGAGCUACAACCUCCCCUGGUAUGGGUUCAACAUUUGGUCAAGCUUCUGCAUUUGGAGCUAAACCAGUAUUUGGAUCACCUACACCGGCCUUUGGUGGUGCUCCUGGAUUUGGUUCUCCUCCAGCUUUUGGAGCUAACCCUACCACUGGAUUUGGUAGUCCACCGGCACUUGGAGCACAAAGUACCAGUCCGAAUAAGAUUUUCGGUAGCUCUACUUUUGAAUCGUUAGGAGCCCAAACAGGAGGAUUGUCAUUUGGUAGCUUAGCUCAAAAAUCACCUGAACAAAAACCUCAAGCUUUCCAAGGGUCGAGUUCAUUCUCCAGUUGGCGAUGAUUGUGUUCAAUAUUACAAGUUGAGGGUGCACAUUAUUUUUGCUAUAACUUAAUAAUUGUAAGCGUUAGGUAAAAAAUGAAUAAUUAUUUUUAUAAAUCUGAUAUUAUAGAUCUUGAUGUAAACUUCUAUCAAGAAGAGUUUUUUUAACGAUGUGAUGUACUUGAGAAAUCGUAAAUGAUAUUGAGGGGAUAUCAAAUGGGAGAAAAGUAAUUUUUCUCUAUUUAUUGAGCAUAUUACAUAUUCUGUUCGUGUGA